ACGUAGGGCAGAGUCACGCUCUUCCUGGGGUUAGGGGCAAAGGUUGCUGAAGCCAAGCCGGGCUGUGGUCGCAAUUAGCCUGUGCAUCCAGAUUCAAGCCUGGAAAGGGUUUGCCUCAAAGAAUACUUCAAGAACUGAACAGAGAAAUCCCAAGUGAGCUGCCUGAAUCUUCGCGAAUUCUCUUGUUCUACCUUCCAUAGAAAGACCAAUCGAAUUGCUGACUUUUGGUUUCCUCCAGCUGUGGAUGCCUUUGACAUUAUGACUGCAGAAGAUUCCACCACAGCCAUGAACAGCGAUCCAACAGUGGGGUCCUCCACCAAGGUACCGGAGGGUGUGGCGGGUGCACCCAAUGAGGCUGCACUGUUGGCACUGAUGGAGCGCACCGGUUACAACAUGGUACAGGAGAAUGGGCAGCGCAAGUAUGGUGGACCCCCGCCCGGCUGGGAGGGCCCGCAUCCCCAGCGUGGCUGUGAGGUCUUCGUGGGCAAGAUCCCACGUGACGUGUACGAAGAUGAGCUGGUGCCUGUGUUUGAGACGGUAGGUCGCAUCUACGAGCUGCGCCUCAUGAUGGAUUUCGAUGGCAAGAACCGCGGCUAUGCCUUCGUGAUGUACUGCCACAAGCACGAGGCCAAGCGAGCUGUUCGUGAGCUCAACAACUAUGAGAUCCGCCCCGGUCGUCUGCUGGGAGUGUGCUGCAGUGUGGACAACUGUCGCCUCUUCAUCGGUGGCAUCCCCAAGAUGAAGAAGCGUGGGGAGAUUCUGGAGGAGAUCGCCAAGGUCACCGAGGGCGUGCUCAACGUGAUUGUGUAUGCCAGUGCAGCAGACAAGAUGAAAAACCGAGGCUUCGCCUUUGUGGAAUAUGAGAGCCAUCGGGCCGCAGCAAUGGCCCGUCGCAAGCUCAUGCCCGGUCGUAUCCAGCUGUGGGGCCACCAGAUAGCCGUGGACUGGGCCGAGCCAGAGAUUGAUGUAGAUGAGGAUGUGAUGCAGACCGUGAAGAUCCUCUACGUGCGCAACCUCAUGAUCGAGACCACCGAGGAGACCAUCAAGAGGAGCUUUGGCCAGUUCAACCCAGGCUGUGUGGAAAGAGUCAAGAAGAUCCGUGACUACGCCUUCGUGCACUUCACUAGCCGCGAGGACGCUGUGCACGCUAUGAACAACCUCAAUGGCACAGAGCUGGAGGGUUCCUGCUUAGAAGUCACGCUGGCCAAGCCUGUGGACAAGGAGCAGUACUCUCGCUACCAGAAGGCAGCCAAGGGUGGUGGUGGCUCAGCUGAGGCAGUGGCACAACAGCCCAGCUACGUAUACUCCUGUGACCCCUACACGCUGGCCUACUAUGGCUACCCCUACAACGCGCUCAUCGGGCCCAACCGGGACUACUUCGUGAAAACAGGCAGCAUAAGAGGCCGAGGGCGCGGUGCAGCUGGGAACAGAACCCCGGGGCCCAGGGGUUCCUACCUGGGAGGGUAUUCUGCCGGCCGUGGCAUAUAUAGCCGAUAUCACGAAGGCAAGGGCAAACAGCCGGAGAAAGGAUACGAGCUCGUGCCGAACCUGGAAAUCUCUGCCGUCAACCCAGUGGCCAUCAAACCUGGCACAGUGGCCAUCCCUGCCAUUGGUGCCCAGUACUCCAUGUUCCAGGCAGCCCCAGCCCCUAAAAUAAUUGAAGAUGGCAAGAUCCACACAAUGGAACACAUGAUCAGCCCCAUUGCGGUGCAGCCGGACCCGGCCACUGCUGCUGCCGCCGCCGCUGCCGCUGCUGCUGCUGCUGUCAUUCCUGCGGUAUCCACACCGCCACCUUUCCAGGGCCGUCCAAUAACUCCUGUGUACACCGUGGCACCAAAUGUUCCAAGAAUCCCCACCGCCGGCAUCUACGGGGCCAGCUACGUCCCCUUUGCUGCUCCGGCCACUGCCACAAUCGCCACACUACAGAAGAACGCUGCGGCCGCCGUGUACGGGGGCUAUGCGGGCUACAUACCUCAGGCCUUCCCUGCUGCUCUCCAGGUGCCCAUCCACGACGUCUACCAGACUUACUGAGACCGGGGACCAGAAAGGCAAGCCACCAAACCCCGCCGAAGGAACACUUUAUUAUUUAUGAAGAAAGAACGUGUCGGGUUGACACACGUGCAAAACCUGCAAGUGAAGAAGAAUGUUAUCAAAUAGCACACUGAAAUAUUUUAUAUCCAUGAAGUUUUCACUCAUGUUUUUUGAAAAUGACUUUUCAAUUUAGCAGGCCCGCGUUCAUACAUUUCUAAGAGACUUGCGACGCCUCAUGCCUUAACAUCAUCUUUUAAAGUUUGUAUGCUCUACUGUGUUUGUACAGAGGUUUGGUUUUGUUUUUUAAGGAUAUAUUUUCAGUAUGAAGGUUAUUUUCUUAACUUCUGCACUCCAGAGUUUUCUAUUUUGUAGAACCUUUCAAAAUAUAUCAGCUCUCUCUAUAUAUAUGUAUAUCCAAAAAAAAAGAGCACGCCCGGGCAUCUAGGGAACUAUUUUGAAAACUAUAUUCAAUAUUUAAAGACACAAACUGUAGUGUUCUGAAGUGCUACGCAAAACAUUUUAUUUUUAAGGUGAUGCUGGAAAGUGCAAUUUUAAAAUGAGGAAAAAAAGGUCUCUACUGUGUUUCUACUGGCAUUAAGGGUUGACGAUAUUGCCAUAUAUUCUUGUCAUGUUUUCUGGGUUUAUGGGGGUUUGGGUUUGGUUUGUUUGUUUGUUUUAAUAACAGUCUGUUCUUAAGCCAACAUGGAAAAGACUCCUCACACCCAGAGUCCCAACACUGGAAAGCUCUGAGCUGCCCUCAGUACCCUGGGCUCACCGUGUAUCUCUACUGUUAUCUGCCUCGCCCCACCCUCUUCCUUUCUGCCUCCUUCCCUGGCUCCCGGGCAGCUUUGAGGUUUGGCAUAUCUAAGAAAAGUGGGUAAUCGAAUGGAGAGGACAACUGAUGCCUUUUAUGCUUCUUCCUGGGAUUGUGUUGGGGUCUUUUUAUAUUUAAUUUUGGAUUGUCUGGGGAGGUAUUUUCUUCUCUACGUGUUUUCAGUAGCAGAAUGCACCCGAGGGCAAGAUUUUACCUCGUUUGCCUAAGGCAUCUUUGCAUAGCUAUUUGUUCAGUAUGGAACUUCACUUCAACUUUCUAAUCCUUUGGUUUUUUUGGCGGUUUUUUUUUUUUUGAAGUCUGAGUUUUUAGAGACCAAGAAUGUAUGUGACUAUAGACAAGACCUUCAAGACUUGUCAACAGGAAGUUUAGCUUCUCGCUGCCUUUCUGCGUUUCCUACAGAAUGCCUGUUGUCAUCAGAGAUGUUAGAAGCACUGUGUGUGUUUAACAGGGUUUCUCUCGGUCGCCCUGCAUUUGGUAGGCGAACAGGGGGCAUACCCAUCCAAGAGGAGGACCUGUAGGAGUUAAGGGAGUUUGUAAAUAAUUUCUGAUGCUUGCUUGUACACCUGUGUUGCCAAAGCUUGUGGCCUGUAGUGUAAUGCGAAAUGCAGCCAUUUUAUUUCAAUGUUAUUAAAAGUGUUGCUUUUGGGGGGGGGGGGGGAGUAAAUGCACAGAGGCAGGGUUAGGGUUUUGUGCCUGUUUUAAGGCUUUUAUUUGGCAGUGAAUGUAAAAUACAGUGAAAUGAUACUAUCGUCAUCUCUUUUAUGAAUUACAUCAACUUGCAUCUUUUUAAAAGGCUUGGUCCAGGAUGUGAAGUGAGCGAUAAGGUAACAGAGGCAUGGUUGUAUUUUAUGGCAUAACAGAGUCCAUCAGAUUUUUCUUCCCUCCAGAGUUUUGCUAAUAGGCUUAACUCUUAUUUCUGGAUUAAUAGUAGGAUCAUGCCCUUAGCAAAUAAUUUUCUGUUUUUAAAUUAAGAGAUUCCCAAAUGUCUUUCCCCCACCUUAUCUUGAUGGGAUGGAUUUUUAUAUAUAAGAAAUAUUUAUUUAACUAUUCUGUAAAAUUAUCUAGUGCCUGCUAAGGCCUUUGAGCACCCCUCCAUCCUGUUGCGUGGCAUAAAGCAGCAGCUGUACGGUGUUCUGAGGGCUCACUCAGAAGCUGCACCCACUCGGGCCUGUGGGGAUGAGGGACCUCAUCAAAGGUAUCAGGUUCUCAUCCCUUGACUUGUGUGAGGAAAAAAGUGCUUUCCUUCCUGCCACCACGGACAUGGAAGUCUUCAGAUGGAAUGCUGACCCCAUGUUCUUACUGUAUUUUACAAGUGCCUGGAAAAAAAUAUUUUCAAAAACAAUACUAGUAAUAAUAAAAGGAAAAAAUAUGCACUAACUUAACAUGGCAACUACCUUAACAACAGGCGUUGGUGGCAGCCAGUGGCCCUGCUGUCUGUGAUCUUACCUGUUCCUCUUGUUUCUCAACCAUUUCACGCGUACACUACUGAGGUAAGUUUAUAACUUGAAAUGUGAACUUUUUUUUUUUUUUUAGGAAUAAGAACAAACUAAUAUAAAUGUUUUUAAAUGUUUUAGAGUUUGGGUUUUAGACAUGCUACUAGUUUAGUUUUUAGCUUCAUAUUUGAAAAGCUUUUUAGAUCUCACUUCAUCUACAUACAGUGCAUUCUUAAAAUGUAUGUGGUAAAUAAAGCUUUCUUGAAAGCAG